AUGGGGGCCAGGCAGUCUGGGGCCCGCCGCAAGGACAAGGGGCCCCUGGGGCGGGGGCUCCUGCGGGGGAGGCAGAAGUUCUCUUCGUGGGAGGAUGCUCUGCUUCCUGGGAGGGACCCGCGCUGCCUGCUGAAGCGGGGGCUGCGCCAUGUCAGUUUCAGCCUGGUCACCAAAGGCAUGACGGACGCGCCCGACUUUCUGUGGGGCCUGUCCGAGAUGCAGAAGCUCAACCUGUCCCACAACCAGCUCCGGGCAGUCCCUCCCGAGCUGGGGAAGCUGACGCGGCUGGUGGUCCUGAACUUGUGCGGGAACCGCCUGAAGACGCUACCCCGGGAGGUCAGCCUCCUGCAGAGCCUCAAAGUCCUCUUCGUGCACAUGAACGGCCUGACGGAGCUGCCAGCGGAGCUCGGCGCCUGCCGGAGCUUGGAGGUCCUGAGCGCGUCGCACAACUGCCUGUCCCAGCUGCCCACCAGCCUCGCCGACCUGUCCCGGCUGCGCAAGCUGAACCUCAGCCACAACCGCUUCGCUCACAUCCCCGUCUGCGUGUUCUCGCUCAAGGAGCUGGACUUCCUGCACGUGGGCUCCAACCGCCUGGAGAACAUUGCCGAGAGCAUCCAGUGCCUGGCCGGCCUGCAGAUCUUCAUCGCUGAGGGCAACCACAUCCACACCUUCCCACGCUCACUCUGCCUGCUCACAAGCCUGGAGCUGCUGAACCUGAACAACAAUGACAUCCAGACGCUCCCUGCGGAGCUCUACAUGCUCUGCAAGCUGACCAGGAUCGCCUGGAACCCCAUGGACAAAGGGCUGCACAUUUCCCGCAACCCUUUAUCCAAACCUCUGCCCGAGCUGCUGGAGGGGGGUCUGGAGAUGCUCGUCAGUUACCUGAAGGACAGAAAACACACCUGAUGUUGGCGUUGGAGGCACCGACAAGACUCGGACGGGAACUUCCCUAGUCUAAACCCUCUCCUCUUCCUGUUGCUGUGGGUCGAGGCUUGUGUUACUAUGUGCUGAGUUGUGCUGAACGCCCCUUUUAACCAGGUGUUUGCUUUUUAGCUCUGUAUACUUCUAUGAGUGGGCUCCUUAGGUGGCUCAGCUGUAAAGAAUACACCUGCACUGCAGGAGAUGCGGCUUCGAUCCCUGGGUAAUGGGAAGAUCC